CCUGCAGAGGCACGAUGAGAGGAUGAAUAUGGAGGACUGAGUGAGGACACUGGACAUGAAGAGUCAAAGACAUUUUCAGUCUUUAACUCAAUUAGACACAGACUCUAGAGGUGCACAGACCAAAAGACAACAGUAUCAGACAUACGAGCAACCCUUUAACACAACCUUCACUAGAUCUGUUAUGAACCGAUUCUGUAUUUGCACAAAAACAACAACGCAGAUUGUGGAUUGUCCUGUGUGUCAUCUUUUAUCAAUGGGCAUGUUCUCAAUCAUUUCAGCACUUGUUAAAACACAAAUUCUUGGUUUCAGUGGAAACACGCAUAAAAGAGUGUCUGUUUAGCAAAAGAAAGAAGCUUGGAGUCUAAAAAUCUAAGAGGUAAAGUUCCUGUCUGACUGUAACAGCGUGCAUCAUAUCUGAGAGUACUGACACAAAGCUGACUGUGUUGGAUUUUGUUAGCCCAGAAGUCUGAUUUCACUGGGAGAAAAAGGAAAAAGCUGUGCAGUACAGUCAUCACACAAAAGGGUACCCCCCUUAAACCACUGCUGCACCAGUAUAACUGCUUGUUUCAAGAGGGGGGGGGGGGUCGUCUAAACAGUGGGACAGCCGUGUUGAAAGGAAUUACCUCCCUAAGCCACUGGCAUGUGUCCAGCAAGAGGACAUUCAUCUGUUUUGUAUAGAGUUUGACUUGCAAAACGAAAAGGGAAGGUGGGGGGAGACAACGACUGACACAAGAGGAGAGUGAGCCGACUGCAGGCAGUAAGAAAGAACCAGUGAAUAGGAAUGAGAGCGAGGCGGAGGGGCCACAGCAUCUGAAAGUUUUAAACCUGUCCUGCAAAGCAAGACCUUGUUCUAAUUCGCUCCAGCGUGUGGAGCUAACCCCACCCCAUGGAUUACUAGACGUAGCUGCUGCAGGAGGUGAUUCAGUCACAUCACAUUCUUACCUUAGGAGCUUCGGAGUAGAGCAACGUGGACUCUGAAGAGCACCGGCGCCGAGCUGCAUGGCUGUCUGGACUGAGCAGCCAGGAAAGAUACUCGGGAAUUUACAAGUCAGAGAACUUCAGACAAUAAAACCCCGACAAGAAGAUGACUGGAGUAUGAGCAACGUGGGAAUGUGAGGUCUCCAGCUACGGGUCGCCAAGGAAGUAUGACUUGCUGUGGGAUUAUUCUAGCUUUGGACUUAUUAGAUCUUCUUAUUUUCGUGCCUCUCAAGCAGUGACUAUCUGAGAGUGUCAGCUGUUGGUUUUGAUUUGUAUUCUUUGCUGGAGAUGAUGCGUCUCAUGCACACGCCUUGAGUGGUCCCGCCAUACCCUUCGCCUUUGCCCGUGGGACCCAGUGACCAUGCUGACCGAGAGUCCAAAACCAGAAAGAUCAGAGCCUCCACCCACGCUCAGGCCCGCUGGGAUCUCAGCAGCAACACGCCCCUGCCAGUCAUGGCGCAUUUCAACAACAGUUUGCACGCAGGCGAAGCGCCUGAGAUUCAGCUGAAAUGGGCCGCCCUGCUCAUCGUCAUGGUUAUUAUCCCCACCGUCGGAGGAAAUAUCCUGGUCAUUCUUGCUGUGUCGCUGGAAAGGAAGUUGCAGAAUGCCACCAACUACUUUCUGAUGUCACUGGCUGUGGCUGAUCUGCUGGUGGGACUUCUGGUGAUGCCCCUCGCACUCAUCACGGUUCUCUACAACUCUAGAUGGCCACUUCCAGAUUUCCUCUGCCCCAUCUGGCUCUUCCUUGAUGUCCUUUUUUCCACUGCGUCCAUCAUGCACCUGUGUGCCAUCUCACUGGAUCGCUAUGUCGCCAUCAAGAAGCCAAUCCAGCACAGCCAGUACAAAUCCAGAGCCAAAGCACUGGUCAAGAUAGCGCUGGUGUGGCUCAUAUCCAUUUGUAUCGCAAUACCAAUUCCAAUAAAAGGGCUGAAGAAUCUUCAUAACAACAUCACCUUCAACAGCAACCACACGUGCCUGCUGAAACCAGAAACAUUCUCCAAGUUUAUCAUCUUUGGAUCCUUGACGGCUUUCUUCAUUCCUCUAGCCAUCAUGAUGAUCAUCUACCUACUUACGGUGCAGGUGUUGCGCAAAAAAGUUUAUUUGCUCAGGUCAAAGGUGACUCAGCGCUUUGGCUCCCCAACAAUCUCAACGAUUUUUCAAAGGGAACAGGCUUUGGCUUCACCUGAAGCCGAGCAAAUCAAUAUGUUGGAUAUCAGACUUCUCAAGAUGCACGAAAAAACAAACACAGGCCUAAUGAACGCUUCAGCGGGUGAUGAGAUAUCUUUUCGGAGAAUGUCAACGAUGGGCAAGAAGUCAAUGCAGACUCUGAGCAAUGAGCAGCGUGCCUCCAAGGUACUGGGCAUCGUCUUCCUCCUGUUUGUUGUCAUGUGGUGCCCUUUUUUCAUAACUAAUAUCACAUCUGCACUUUGCACAAGUUGUGACGAGAAAGUGAUUUCCCGCCUGAUGGAGAUCUUUGUGUGGGUUGGCUACGUGUCAUCAGGCAUUAACCCCCUGGUCUACACUCUUUUCAACAAAACCUUCAGGGAAGCCUUCACACGUUACAUCACCUGCAAUUACAAAAACUGCGCAAGCAACAGGGCAGCACAACAUCUGGGGUCGACAAGUAUGGACUGGACCCUCACAAGGAUUUCAUUCAAAUCUUCCAUGGCAGAAAACUCAAAACUGCUCAUGAAGCGCGGAAUGAAAAACGGCAUCGGAGCAGUGAAUUACCAAAGUCCGCUCAGCUGUCAGCAAGCACCUGAACAGUCGCCUGGUGGUGUGAUGUUAAACUCAAAACUUCUGCCUGAAAAUGAUGAUUUUAAUCAGGAAGAACACGUAAGCCGCGUGUAGAGUGACCACAGGGAUUAAUCUAUUUGAAUUGUGGCAUGUAUUCAGUCUCUACGACGAAGGCUUACCCCGUGAAACAGAGAAAAGUAUUAAUAAUGAAGAGUGAAACAAAGCAGACACUCAUGAGCGGACGUCAGCGUAACAACAAGAGGUGAUCUGAUGUUGUUGGUGACCAUUUACAUAAGGAAAUGUGUUCCAUUGAUAAUUAAACUUGAGUAAAAGGAUACUUUGCUGUUAGCUGUUAGCACACAGCGAACCUUCUAAAUGUGCCACAUCAGUAAUGUGAAUUAUACACAAAGGCGAAGUUUUCACACCCUACCAAGUUCUAGGUUGAGAAAAAUAACCAGUGCCAGGCUCAUUGAAAAGAAACAGGAGAGUGAGAGUGUAGUGUGACGAGGCUUCCACAAAAAUUCGGGCAGCCAGACAUGACAACCUGGAAAAUAUCUGAAUGAUGUAUAUGAUAUACUCCAGCGAACUUGGACUGUUUAAGUUAGCUGUAAACCAUCUCAGACCACGUGCUUAUGUUUUGUUGAGACAAAAUAGCUCCAACUUUGAAAUCCCUUCUGCAAAAGACAAUUUUUGCACUCUUGAAAUGAUUCUAAUUUAAUUUGCUGAACUUUUGAGAAGCUUUGUUGUACUAUGUGUAUUGCAGCCAGCUGUUUUGACAUGGUUUCAGAAUAACAGAUUGUGCUUUGAAAAUAGCAAAAAGUGGAAACCUAAAAAUGCUUAAUAAAAUAUAUUUUUUGUUUUGCUGACUUGAA